GACGAGACGGACGCAGUCGUGUGGAUCGAACCGUACGACGCGCGCGCGCUCACCACCUAACAUAUACCGAACGGUACGUACACACAUCGCGCACGCACGGCCCGGCGGAAAAACGCGAACGCUGUAACACGCGCGACGUGACUGUACACACGCACACAAACACGCACUGACGCGCUCGCGCCCGGUCUUCGCCGACGCGUAAAUCGGUUGAUCGCCUCUGAUCUAUCGGCGUCACCGGACCCGCGAGGAUCUCCGCCCGACACGCCGAUCUCGUGUCGUGUAAAAACGUCGCGCCGACUUUUUUCGAUAAUUAUUAUCUGUCGUCGGGUUUCAUUUUUGGUUUUCCGAGUUCGGACGGCGGUCACGCGUCACUUUCGUCCACUACGCCGUACCUGAUAUUCCGUCGGCUUUUUUUUUUGUCUCGAUUUCGUUCCGGACACCCAUUCCACGCCCGCGAAAACUAAAAAUCGUAAUAACUGCAGUGCGAUAGUAUCAUAAUAAUAUUAUUAUUGUAUUAUGAUCGGUUCGACGGCGGUGCCGGCACAACAGGAUUAUUCGUAACCGCACACGGCAACUACAACCGUCGUAUGCGCUGAGGCACAAACGCGCCCGACCAACCCGACGGACCUUAAUCGCUAAAACCAGAAAAUGCCAGAAAAACAUUUCACUCAACUGGAAGCUGCUCCAAAAGUGUUGGGUCUUUACGGAGGAGGGACGUGGGGGUCCGUCAAGACGUUGCUUGGAGCUGGGGUGGGGGGGCUCGGGCCUUUCCCUUGCAGAGAAAACGAACCAUUCUGGAAAAUGCCUCACAAAGAUGAUUCGGACCACUGCAACAUGACAGCGGCGGCCGCGGCGAUGGUCCAGAGCUCAGCGGCUCUGUUCGGUUGUUCGGCGGCCGGUCAUAGUGGUAUCAACCAGCUGGGUGGAGUGUACGUCAAUGGUCGUCCGUUGCCGGACUCGACGAGACAGAAAAUCGUUGAGCUUGCGCACUCGGGCGCCAGGCCGUGUGACAUAUCCCGCAUCCUGCAGGUCUCCAAUGGAUGCGUAUCCAAAAUACUCGGCAGGUAUUACGAAACCGGUUCAAUCAAGCCGCGUGCCAUUGGCGGCUCGAAGCCGCGAGUUGCCACCAAUGGCGUAGUGAACAAGAUCGCCGACUACAAGCGUGAGUGUCCGUCCAUCUUCGCUUGGGAGAUCAGGGACCGGUUGCUGUCCGAAGGGGUGUGUAGCAACGACAACAUACCGAGCGUUUCGUCCAUCAAUCGGGUGCUGAGAAACUUAGCCGCACAAAAGGAACACCAGGCCUCGUCAACACACCAACCUGGUGGCGGAAAUGGCCUUGGCGGUGGUGGAGGUAUCGGCGGUGGCGGAGGAGCGGCAGAGUCUGUGUACGACAAGCUUCGCAUGUUCAACGGGCAAACGGGUUGGCCGUGGUACGCAGCACCACCGCCUCCACCGCCGCCUUCGACUGGCGGGCCACCCGUACACGGCGGCGCGCCGUCACCGCACCAUCCAGCACUGGUGGGCUCGGCUGGUCACCAUCCGGGAAACCCAGCGGCCGCCUCACUGGCCACGGCCACCUCGGCGUCACUCACUGCCGUGUCCAGAGACGAUAUACAGAGGAGAGCUGCUGAAUUGGCACCGGAGAGCACGUCCGAUGGCAACUCGGAGCACAAUUCGUCGGCGGACGACGAUUCGCAACUAAGACUUAGACUGAAAAGGAAACUGCAAAGAAACAGGACUAGUUUCACCAACGACCAAAUAGACAGCUUAGAAAAAGAAUUUGAAAGAACACAUUAUCCGGACGUUUUUGCCAGAGAAAGGCUGGCGGAUAACAUAUCUCUUCCGGAAGCCAGAAUUCAGGUGUGGUUUAGCAAUCGUCGAGCAAAAUGGCGGCGAGAAGAAAAAUUGAGAAACCAGCGCAGGGGUGGAGGUGGCGGAGGUGGUGGAGGUGGAGGUGGAGGACUCGACCAGCAAAACGGUACGCCAGCUGCUCUUUCUUCGUCUUCCGCGUCCGUAAGUCCGCCGGCCGGCGCUACGUCAAACGCGGUCGGUGGUGGCGGCAACGGCGGCGCGGGUGGCGGUGGUCACAACAACCGACUGGCGUCGAUCCAAGCGGCUGGUUUCAACCACAUGUACCAGUCCAUCUCGCAACCAAUCGCCACCAUGCCCACCGACAAUUACGGUUCCAUGUCGAGCAUGGUGUCCGGCGGCCAUCAUCACCAUCACCACCAUCAUCCAGCCAGCUCGUAUCCGUACAUGUUCCAUCAUCCGCCACCGGACUCGCUGUACAAUCAUCCAGUGUCGUCGUCACCACGUGUCCCUUGCCAGCCCGCUCCCGCGCACUCGGUCAACGCCAAUACUCAUCCGGCGGCGUAUCCCACUUCUACUCAUCACGCGUCUAACACGUCACCCGGCGCCACGGGCACAGGCGUAAUAUCUGCAGGAGUAUCGGUACCGGUUCAAAUACCAUUGAGCCAAGCGCCGGAACACACAUACUGGUCGAGAUUACAGUAAACGGAUGGCGUUUACCGCUGACAAGAUUUAAAUUAUGUACAUUGCGACGAAUGUUCUGAGUGAUCUAAUUUUUAUUUUAAUAAAUGCAAAAGAUUUUUACUUGAUGUUUGUACCAAUGUAGGUACGUACAUAUUAUACAUAUAUAUUAUAAAUAUUAUAUUAUAUUGUAAGAUAUUAAAAUAUUAUGUAAUAAUAUUGAUAUUGUAUAAAUAAAUUGUUCAUUAUAAACUUAUAUUAUAACCGCAUUAAUAGUUUAAUACUAUACAGAACAAAAUAUGAAUUUAUGUAUAUAUAAAUAAAAAUUAUAUAUACAUAUUAAUAGACUCGUAGAGAGAUAUUUAGUCGUCAAAUUUUAAUUUUGAUUCUAUUACAGUUUUUUUAUACUUUGUUUUAAUUUCUCGUGUAGUCUUACUGUGUAAAAAUAUUGGAGUUUCGAAUAUCUCUAAUAAUAAUAUGUUAUUUUUACGAUAAAUAGAUUCUAUAGUAGCUAAUAAAGUGAUCGAAUUUUUCUUUUCUUUUUUUUUUUACUUGUACAUUAUACAAUCUAUAUCGCAACAUGAUCUUGCGAUUGUUUACAAAAAAUUUGUAAAAACCAUAUUAUCAAUAAAUGAAAUCAUAAAUAAAUAUUGUAAAACCUAUGAA